GUGUCGUUCACGUUCUCCUCUGAUCAGAUCGGUAUGCCGAUCAACAGGCUGCAGAGCGAAGACGGUUCGUUGCUCGGGAAGCUAAUCUGCGUUCGCGGCGUUGUAUGCAAAAUGUCAGAAGUUCGUCUUGUACAGGUGAAGAAACAGCUGAAAUGUAAACGAUGUGGCUACAAGUUCAUUUGUGAGGGGACAUUUGAUCAGUUUUACCGGCUGUCUCUUCCAGAGACGUGUCCGUCACCGACAGUCUGCAAUUCGCACAAAUUCGAUGACUGUCACGCGCUUAAACCUCCACCGCUUAAUUUCUGCCGUCUUUAUCAGGAGCUCAAAGUUCAGGAUACGUCGCAUUGCAAAAGCUCUGUUCUCGUUUCAGAAACAGUACGGGUCAUACUAGAGGAUUCACUAUGUGAUGCUUGCCAACUUGGACAGACCGUAGCCGUAACGGGAAUUCUGCACAGGCGUUGGGAAAUUUUGAAGAAGUUACAAGAACCAGCGGUGCAGCUAGUGAUUCUGGCUACCAGUGUCUUGCCAGUUGAAGUUGAGAGGAGCGAUUUUGUGAAUGAAAAUCUGGAAGAAGAGUUUCAGAAAUUUUGGCAGCAGCAUGAGCAGCACUUGUUGCGUGGUCGAAAUGUUAUUGUUUCCAGUUUUUGUCCUGAAAUCUGUGAACUGUAUUUCGUAAAACUCGCUCUGUUACUCGUGGUCAUCGGUGGAGUGUCAGGCACAAGCGAAACAGUGUGCUGGUAUGUUUUAAAUCUUUUUUCACUUUUUGGCGAUGUUUUAAAUACUGAAAAAUUUUCGCCUUUGACAUUGUUUUCGCUUUCAGGAACUGUUCUUAGAGGCGACCCUCAUAUACUACUGAUUGGUAAACCGGGAACAGGCAAGUCUCAGCUAUUGAAAUGCGUGAGAAAGCUGGCGUCUCGUUCAGUCUACACUACCGGCAUAGGAACGACAAACGCUGGACUGACAUGCCAUGCUGUUAGGGAUGGAGGCGAAUGGCACCUGGAAGCUGGAGCUUUACCUCUUGCUCACGGAGGUAUAUGUUGCACUGACGAAUUUAUGAGCAUGAAAGAGAGUGACAAGGAAGCGCUGCGAGAAGCGAUGGAACAGCAGACAGUAAGUGUCGCAAAGGCCGGAAUUGUGUCCCGUUUGAACUGUCGAUGUUCGAUUGUGGCUGCGUGUAACUCUGAGACAUCACGCAUUGGAGUCUCAUCGGAGUCGACCAGCGCGAUACCUCUUAGCAGCCCACUACUGAGUCGUUUCGACAUCGUGUUGUUUAUGGACGGAGACCAGAAAGCAUGGACGAACAAAAUCUGUCGUAGUGUUCUCAUGAACCAGCUGAAAGCCAGUAGGCAAGAUGUGACCGCGGCAGCGCAGAACCCUAAUAACGGCGGCGACUUGUUAUGGUCGCUUUCAAAACUGAAGGAAUACAUACGGAGAGUGAAGAAGAUCGAGCCCGUUUUGUCUCCAGAUGCCAAAAAGUAUGCAGUUGGCUUCAAAUUAAUCGAUAUAAAGUAA